AUGACAACCUCUAUUGCACAACCUUCUCAGACAAAACAACCUCAGCAUGUGGACCCGGCAAAGAAGCGACCCAAGGUCUUGAUCGCCGGUGGAGGACUGGGAGGUCUCUCGUUGGGAAUGCUCCUACAGCAGACCGAUAUCCCCUACGAGAUCUUCGAGCGAGCCACUGAGCCCAAAGCCCUUGGAUCGGCGAUUGCACUGUCGGCUGCAACAGAUGCGUUGUUCAAACAAUGCAACAUAUACGACGAGUUUGUUUCUCUUGGGAAGAAAACACUCUCCCUACAAGUCAUCGCUAACGAGCAACGUCGAGUCGAUUACAAAAUGGACUUUUCGGCACAACAGCAAGUCCUUGGAGCCAUCGGUCAUGUCAUUGCCAGACCCGCCCUGCACGACCUCCUGUUCAGACAAAUCCCUAAGAACCGCAUGCACAUGGGCAAAAAAAUCCUGUCGACUGACGACCAGGGCGACAACGGCAUUACUGUUACCUUCAGCGAUGGAACAACAGCCUCAGGUGAUAUACUUAUCGGAGCUGACGGAGCAUACAGCGCUGUCCGCCAGAACCUGUUCAAGCGACUAAAGGCACACAACAAACUGCCAGCAGCCGAUGAUGUCCCCUUACCCUACAGCACCGUUUGCCUAGUGGGACAAACACGACCCUUGGAUCCAGCUGUGUUCCCUCAUUUAUUGCAGGAUGAUUGUCAGUUCAUCAAUACCUUGGGAGAAAACAAACCUUGGGCCCAGGGCACGGUGUGUUGGUCAAUCAUCCGAUUCGUCGAGGAGUCCAAAACAUCAACAGACGACAAGAACGGCCACUCAAUUGUCGAUCAAGAAUGGGGACCCGAGGCUGCAGAAGCAAUGUGCAAUGAGGUCCGUCACUUCCCCGUCGUGAGCGGUAACGAAGUAAAUCCUUUGACACUGGGAGAUCUGAUUGAUUAUACCCCCAAAGACCUGAUCUCCAAGGUCAAGCUGGAGGAGAUUGUCUUUGAGACCUGGUUCGGAGGGCGCACUGUCCUUAUGGGCGAUGCUCGACCUCUGAACCCUGCGGGCGGAGUUGGGUGCCAGAAUGCCAUGCAUGAUGCGAUCAUUUUGGCCAAUUGGAUCAAUGCCCUUCCCUCAGACCCCACCUCCAAGGACAUCGAGAAUGCAUUCCGAUCCUACCAGGAUGAACGUCUACCUUGGAUCCAGACCGCCUCCAACUCUACCCGCUUCUACCGCACCAUGGCUUCUGGUGGAAUUGUGGCGGGACUGCUCAGGUUCUGUGCGAAACAUAUGCCAGCAUGGGCGAAACGCAAGAUGCUGGUUGUCCUUGGAGGGAACAGGCCUCAGUGUUCAUUCUUACCUCUGGUUGAGGAUAAGGGAUCUGUCCCACCAGCCUUCCAACCCAGUCUUUUGGCCACCAAACCCAAGACCCCCGCCACUUCUGUUUAG